AUGGCGCCAGGUACUCUGGAAUGUCUACCAAAUGAAAUCCUCGAGAGAAUCCACCUGGAAGCACUCGAAGUGAACUUCCCUCGCUGCUCUGCCAGAGUGGCCGCGGCAGUGUCCAGGGAAAUUAUAUACCGAAUCUUUGUGAUCCAGGCCUACUGGAACGAUCCCCAGCAAUGUAUUCGAAACCGGCAUUUUCACCGAGAGUCAAUCCUUAGAGAUACAACACCAAACAUGAUGGAUUAUAUGGAUCUUGAUUUCUUUACCGCUAUUUUCAGACCUACAUUCUAUAGACCGUUACCACCUAAAGAGCAGGCCAGACUACAAUCCAAGGUUGUGACUUGCCGAUGGUUCACGGUAUCCCGGUUCAGGAAAAUUCUGGAGACCUUCCCAGGGUUGACACUCAACGCCCUUAGCCGGCAGUUCCUAUUCCAACCCGCCUGUCUACACUUCAACACGAGCCAUGCCCAAGUCGGGAACGGGUUACGCGCCGCAUUUCUGGAUAAUACCGACUUAUGCAUGAUAUAUGACCCUUUUGCAAAGUACUUUGCGGUGCAAGAUAGCUUUAUAAUCAAAGCAUCAUAUCAAUCCACCCACCAAGGGGCGUCGCACAUAAUCCGCACUGUGAGGGUUCUAUCCAUCCCAGAUGCCCUACUCGAGGGCCCCUGGACGGAGGAGUCUAUUGAAAUUGUGAUCUUGCUUCGCCGCGCUAUUGGAAAAAGGUUCUUAUCGGGUGAUAGCGGCGAGUGGGCGUCCCUGCAACGGAAACGCGGUCCUACGUUCUCUGGCGAGGCAUGCCUGAACGGAAUCACCAGAGCUAUCAACGAGAGAAGAGAGAGACUGUUUCGGUACCUUUUGGAUCUUCAGCAGGCCUACAACUCCCCACCAACUCAUUUUUCCUAUGAGCCUCAGAUCCCACACAAGCCCUUCCUUCUUGCCAUGGCUGCAUAUCCUCAAGCUCGAAUUUUCCUACAUCUGCUAGUCCAGACCAGUCCGUCAUACGCGCUUUCUCAUCAAUCGAUUCUCCGCUGGGCAAGGAAUUCAUCUCAACCCCGUGAUCUCUUAAAGGAUUGGUUGGUAGAGUACUUUCGGGUAUGUCAGCCAUCACUUACCCAGAGAGUGUUUCAUAAAGCCAAACGUUUGGUUUACCCGGGGGUGUUUCGUACAGACCAGCUCAGUAUUGGUGACUUGGAUUCCGUGAGCAAAUGGCGGUUUCUUUCUCUAUGUCCUCCGCCUAGUAUACCACUGCUUGGAGAUGAGUGGUGGAUUUAG